GUACUGUGAUUGGUGGGCAGUGGCUGGCCCUGUCAGAGAGGCCACAGUCUGUCAGGGGAGGAGGAUGGCUGUGUUGGACCGGCUGGCAUUCCUUCACCAGCUUCCUGUGCUGCUGAAGGGGACCUCCGAUGACGACACCCCCUGCCCGGGGUACCUGUAUGAAGAGAUUGCCCGAAUGUCCCGCGACUCCCCUGGCAGCGGGCAGUGCCUCCUGGAAUACCUGCUGAACCGCCUACAGAACAACUCCUGCCGCGUGAAGUUAAAGGUGCUGAAGAUCCUCCUGUAUCUCUGCGCUCACAGCACCGACCUUUUCCUCCACGAUCUCCGGCGCAAUGCGGCGUACAUCCAGGAGGCUGCAGCCGUCAGCGGGCCUCCGGACCCCCUCCAUGGCAUCAGCCUGUACCAGAGAGUCCGAUCUUCAGCUCAGGAACUUGUCGGCAGUUUGUUCACCGACGUGUCUCCGCCGAGCGGCGCCGCGCCGCCUGCGAAGGAGAAACCCCCAACAGGAAUGGGGUCCCAGGUGUGUCCCCCCCACACUCUGCAAGGGUUUGGGUAUUCCCAGGAGAAACCCGCUUCAGGAAGGACCGGGGAAGCUCUGCUCAGCGGUUUGCAGCGGGCGGCGGUGGCGGUGACCCAGGCGGUGGUUGGAGCCGCCGCUCAGUCUCCCUCCCCCGGUGACCAGGCCGAUCACUCAUACAAACCUGUGGUGGUGCCGCCGGGUGUUGGGCGACCUCCUGCCGAAAAUCCUGAAUCCAAAGGAUCCCGCCGCAACCGAGGUUGUCACCGCUCGGGGGUGCCCGGCGGGGGCUGGGACGACAGCGACAGCGGCCACAGCUCACAGGACUCCGCCCAGGACAAGUCCUCCCGCAGUCUCUCCUCCGACGCCGCCAGCAAAACCGGCAGUGACUGCCAAUCCCGGAGCAGCAACAGAGAGGGGGCGGACACCGCCGACAGAGUGGAGCCGUCUCACCCCGGCGAUUGUCUACAGGAGGCUCAGCUGGUUCUGACGGUGACCCGAGGGGACAGAACGUUCCUGACACAAGACGAGGUGCAGCACUUCAUCAGGGGAUGCUCUCUCCUGAACUGUGAGGUCGUCUUUGAGAUGUUAAAUCGCUCGCUGGAAGAUGACAACGCUUGCGUGAAACUGCGCUCCAUGUGUGCCAUCGCUUCCCUCAUGACCUCUGACCUGUUGUCACAUGACCACAUGUUGGCCGUAGUGAGAUGCAACCUGCAAAAACUAAGCGGAGGACCCCCGGGCCCGGUGAUGGACAAAGCCAGAAAGAUCCUACUCCAGUUUGAAGCACUUACCGGACAUUCUCCUAAAGGUGAAGCUUCCCAGCAUGCUCUGUUACCGGCCCCGCCCCAGAGGAGUCCCCUGGACCUUUUAAAUGACAUUGUACCCCAAUCGGAGGAGGAGACCCUACUGGCCCCGUCCCAUGUCCCCCCUUCCCCCUCUUCAGAACUGACUCUUGGUAAUUGUAGCACAUUGAAGGAAGGCCAAGUUAUGGACCCGGACACAUCGGCCCCUGAUCAGGAUUCUGGACCUCACCUGAACGGCGUGCACGGGUGUCCGUCGCUGUUUGAUGGAAUGGAUUUGGUGACGCCGGUGCGGAGCGGUGCAAAAACCAAACCGGCCUUAGAGCGUUCCGUCACAAAACUUCACACAGAUUCAGUGUUACAGCAGAGAACUGCCCAGCCGUGCCUCCCCUCCGCAUUCUCUUUCCUGAACACAUGAGGGCGCACUAACCUUCACACACAGCGCCCCCCUCUGGUGUGGACGAGAAUCUGCAGCGCAUUGCAUGACGGCGAAUCUGUUCGGUGAUCAACAAAAAUAAUUUGAGGCCGCGGCGCCCUGGACCGCCCCCCCCCCGCCGGAGAACACGCCGCACGAGUAACCACGGUGACCGAGUAUUAAAGUCUAAGUAAUCCCAAUCA